GCAGUAUUUGUGUGUUUCUGCAGAGUUUUGCACAGAGUCUGUUCCCAUGCAGACCAAUGAGGGAGAAGUAUCGGAAGAAAGCAGUUCCAAGAUUCGAAUGGAGGCAGGGAGUGGAAGAGGCACUUAAGGUCAGAGGCGGAUUUCAGAAUUCAUGGACCUCGGUGUGGAGCGGUCCAGAUGGAUGGCAAGGCCCAGCAUCGGGUCCUGCCCGUCUCCUCCCUGAAGCAGGAAGGAGAUGGAUCUUCUGUCUAGAAUGGGUCUAGAGUAUCUGAUGCCUUUAAACUGAGUUAAGUGCCCUUCCUUCCUUGUUUCAUUGCAUUCUCACACUGUAUUGUAAUUGACUAGUUUUUGUUUGUCUUUCCCACCAAUCUGUAAGUUUUUGGGGGGGCAAAGACUGUCUUCUUCCCCAUUACCUCAGCACAGCACCUAGCAUGUAAUAUGUACCCAAUAAAUAAUUUGUUGAACGAAUGAAUCGUAGUGGGAGAAAGGUUAGGUUAUGGUGUAAGUUUUAUAAGUAAAAAUACUGAAGCUCCUGAAAAUGAGGUCAAGGGGGAGGAGUGGUGGGGAUCAUCAAAUUAAGUCCAAAGUGUUCAAGACAUUUGUAGAAAAGAGAAAUUAAGAUGCGAAGGGACUGGAAGUGGACUUGAGAAAAACAGGAAGUGGCAAUAAGGAGCAGUGAUCUUUCUGGACCAUUUUUAUUGCCUUCUGAGAUGAUGAAGAGUGAGAAAAGGUGAAGGAGGUAGUAUCUUCUGGGGAAAAGCAUUUUAAUUAAUACUUAAAAGAAUGAGCAGAAAUAUGAAGUAUAUGUAAGGCAGAAGACCAGGGCUUCUAGGCAAGAAGGGACAUUAUAUGUAAAGGCACAGAGGGGUGAGGAGUUGGUGUGUGCUCCACCAGGGGUUCAUAAUGGGUGAGUGAGGCAGGGGUGAUAAAAAAGAUCACUUAGGCAAAUGAACUGAAAUUUUAUCCCUCAAGACAGGUGAUAGAGUGCCAUUGAAGAAUUUCAAGGAGAGUGAUGUGAUCAUGUUCGCAUUUUACAAAGUCCAUUUGAUGGAACUGGUUUGGAGGAUGGAUUGAAAUGAGAUGGGACCCAGAAGCACAAAGACUAGUGAGAAGGUUUUUGUAGUGGUGAGACUUAGAGAAGCUGGCUUUAACUAUGGCAGUUAAAGAGGAUAAAGAAGGGGUAAUGGGUAUGAGAGCUGUUUGAGAGGUAGAAACCACUGUACUUGGUGAUUAAUAGGAUGUGGGGUUAAGGAAGGAAGGUGGAGAACCUAUAACCUUGACUGUAGGUUUCCUGUUUAAGGAUCUUGGUGAAGAUGGUACCAUUUACAGAGAUAGGGGAUAUAAAAAGGAGUGGAAAUUUAAGGCCAAAGAUGAUGUUUCAUUUUGGACCUAUUGGGCCAUCCAAGUGGAGACCCAAAUAUGCAAAAUAUGAGGGCUGCAGUUAAAGAUUCGAAAGCCAGUAUAGGGGAGGUUGUUGAAGCUGUGGGGUUUUUUUGUUUGUUUGUUUUUAAUUUUUGGCUGCAUUGGGUCUGCGUUGCUGCACACGGGCUUUCUCUAGUUGUGGCGAGUGGGGGCUACUCUUCGUUGCGGGGCACGGGCUUUUCAUUGCGCUGGCUUCUCUUGUUGCAGAGCAUGGGCUCUAGGCGCGCGGGCUUCAGUAGUUACGGUGCAUGGGCUCAGUAGUUGUGGCACGCGGGCUUAGUUGCUCCACGGCAUGUGGGAUCUUCCCGGACCAGGGCUCGAACCCAUGUCCCCUGCAUUGGCAGGCGUAUUCUUAACCACUGAGCCACCAGGAAAGUCCCAAGCUGUAGGCUUUUUGAUUAUUAUUUCUCUUCAUUAUUGUGCUAAUUAGAAAUGGUUAUAGAUAAGACUUUUUUAAAAUAAAUUUAUUUAUUUUCAACUGCAAUGGGUCUUCGUUGCUGCGCGUGAGCUUUCUCUAGUUGCGGCGAGUGGGGGCUACUCUUCGUUGCGGUGCACAGGCUUCUCAUUGCGGUGGCUUCUCUUGUUGUGGAGCACGGGCUCUAGGUGCAUGGGCUUCAGUAGUUGUGGCACGUGGGCUCAGUAGCUGUGGCUCGUGGGCUCUAGAGCACAGGCUCAGUAGUUGUGGCGCACGGGCUUGGUUGCUCCAUGGCAUGUGGGAUCUUCCCGGACCAGGGCUCGAACCCGUGUCCCCUGCAUCGGCAGGCGGACUCUCAACCACUGCGCCACCAGGGAAGUCCCUAGAUAAGCCUUUAAAAAAAAAACAACUAGUAAGCAGAGGCUAAGUCCACAAAGUAGAGCUCUUUAACUGGGGAGGAUUUUUAAAGGUCAAAAAUCAAGAAAUUUUCAUGAUAUAUGUAAGUGGGAGAAUAGCCAUUCUUGUCUUUGAGAAAAUGAUUCCAAGGAACUUUAAUAACUUUAAACAAUGUGUCAUCUUUUUUUCUAAUUAAGGCAUAACAUUUAUUUGUAGAGUUAAGUGCAUAAAAUGUACAGUUCAGUGAUUUUUUUUUCCGCCUAUGUGUACUUUCUUGUAACCACAACCCAGAUCAAGAUCAUCUCCAGCUCCUCAUAAAGUUCCCUUUGCAACAUUAUAACCAUGUUUUUUCUUCUAGAGGUUUAGAUCACUGUGUAAAUUUAGGAUGGAAGAAUCCUCCCUCUCCUUGGCAAAAUCUGGUAGGCUGCAGAAUCAGGAAGUCCGUAGAGAAGAAUAAAAGUCGAAACCUGGUUUGAAUUUCACAUUAUGCAGUGGAACAGGAGGAUUUUGUAAUGGAAGGGCAUGGCAAGACUCCACCUCCUGGUGAAGAAAGCAAACAAGAGAAGGAGCAAGAAAGGGAAGAACAGUUAAUGGAAGACAAGAAAAGGAAGAAAGAGGAUAAAAAGAAAAAAGAAGCCACUCAGAAGGUCACGGAACAAAAAACCAAAGUGCCCGAAGUGACGAAACCAAGUUUAAGCCAACCAACGGCCGCCAGCCCAAUUGGCAGCUCUCCAUCGCCACCAGUCAAUGGUGGCAACAAUGCCAAAAGGGUGGCAGUGCCGAACGGACAACCGCCAAGCGCCGCCCGCUACAUGCCUCGGGAGGUGCCGCCGCGAUUCCGUUGCCAGCAGGACCACAAAGUGUUACUAAAACGUGGGCAGCCUCCUCCACCGUCCUGCAUGCUCCUCGGGGGCGGGGCGGGGCCUCCUCCCUCCACAGCGCCAGGAGCAAACCCCAACGCACAAGUGACAGGAGCGCUGCUGCAGAGCGAGGGUGGGACCGCACCAGAGUCAGCCCUUGGAGGUGCUGCUGCUUCACAUUAUGCAAAUCCCACUUGGGGCCCGGGAGCCUCCUCCAACAACGGCGCCUCCCCCAACCCUAUUCACAUCUGGGACAAGGUGAUUGUAGACGGGUCUGACAUGGAAGAGUGGCCUUGCAUUGCCAGCAAAGACACUGAGUCUUCUUCCGAAAACACCACCGAUAACAACAGUGCCUCGAACCCUGGCUCUGAGAAGAGCACUCUGCCAGGAAGCACCACUAGUAACAAAGGAAAAGGGAGCCAGUGCCAGUCUGCAAGUUCUGGGAACGAAUGUAAUCUUGGGGUCUGGAAAUCUGACCCUAAGGCUAAAUCUGUUCAAUCUUCCAACUCUACGACAGAAAGCAACAAUGGACUAGGGAAUUGGAGGAGUGUGAGCGGCCAGGACAGAAUUGGACCUGGCUCUGGCUUCAGCAACUUUAACCCAAAUAGCAACCCAUCUGCCUGGCCAGCGCUGGUCCAAGAAGGAAAUUCUAGGAAAGGGGCAUUGGAAACGGAUACUAGUAAUUCCAGUGCACAGGUUAGCACAGUAGGUCAGGCAUCCAGGGAACAGCAGUCAAAGAUGGAAAAUGCGGGUGUUAAUUUUGUUGUCUCUGGCAGAGAACAGGCUCAAAUUCAUAACACUGAUGGACCAAAAAAUGGAAACACUAACUCCUUGAACUUAAGUUCACCAAACCCCAUGGAGAAUAAGGGAAUGCCCUUCGGAAUGGGCUUGGGGAACGCCUCCAGGAGCACUGAUGCCCCUUCACAAAGCACUGGAGAUCGAAAGACUGGGAGUGUUGGAUCUUGGAGUGCAGCUAGGGGGCCUUCUGGAACUGACACAGCCUCUGGACAGAGCAAUUCUGGAAACAAUGGGAACAAUGGAAAGGAUAGAGAGGACUCCUGGAAAGGAGCUCCUGUUCAGAAAUCAACCGGGUCAAAAAAUGACUCUUGGGACAACAAUAACAGGUCUACGGGUGGGUCCUGGAACUUUGGCCCUCAGGACUCUAAUGACAACAAAUGGGGUGAAGGGAACAAAAUGACAUCUGGGGUCUCUCAGGGAGAAUGGAAACAGCCGACUGGGUCUGAUGAGUUGAAAAUUGGAGAAUGGAGUGGUCCAAACCAACCAAAUUCUAGCACUGGAGCAUGGGACAAUCAAAAGGGCCACCCCCUCCCUGAAAACCAAGGCAAUGCCCAGGCUCCCUGUUGGGGAAGAUCUUCCAGCUCCACGGGAAGUGAAGUUGGAGGUCAAAGCACUGGAAGCAACCACAAAGCAGGAAGUAGUGACAGUCAUAAUUCUGGCCGUCGGUCGUACAGGCCCACACAUCCUGAUUGUCAGGCUGUCUUGCAGACUCUUUUGAGCCGAACUGAUUUGGACCCCAGGGUGCUCUCAAACACUGGCUGGGGCCAAACUCAAAUUAAGCAGGACACAGUGUGGGAUAUCGAAGAGGUGCCAAGGCCCGAGGGGAAAUCUGACAAAGGAACUGAGGGGUGGGAGAGCGCUGCCACACAGACCAAGAACUCAGGGGGCUGGGGAGAUGCACCCAGCCAAAGCAAUCAAAUGAAGUCUGGAUGGGGGGAGCUCUCAGCCUCUACAGAGUGGAAAGACCCCAAGAACACAGGAGGCUGGAAUGACUACAAGAACAACAACUCUUCCAGUUGGGGAGGAGGACGACCAGAUGAAAAGACAUCUUCCUCUUGGAAUGAGAAUUCCAACAAGGAGCAGGGGUGGGGAGGUGGACGCCAGCCCAAUCAAGGAUGGACUUCUGGAAAGAAUGGUUGGGGAGAGGAGGUCGAUCAGGCGAAAACUAGCAAUUGGGAAAGUUCUGCCAGUAAACCUGUGUCUGGGUGGGGUGAAGGAGGGCAGAAUGAAAUCGGAACUUGGGGGAACGGUGGGAAUGCAAGCCUAGCUUCAAAAGGCGGGUGGGAAGAUUGCAAAAGAUCUACAGCCUGGACAGAGACAGGCAGACAACCCAGUUCCUGGAACAAACAGCACCAACAGCAGCAGCAGGCACAGCAGCCACCGCCACCACAACCAGAGACUUCUGGUUCAUGGGGAGGCCCAGCCCCACCACCUCCAGGCAAUGGGCGACCUUCCAGUUCCAACUGGAGCAGCGGGCCGCAGCCAGUGAACCCGAAGGAUGAGGAACCCAGUGGUUGGGAAGAGCCGUCCCCACAGUCGAUUAGUCGGAAGAUGGACAUUGAUGAUGGCACUUCGGCGUGGGGAGACCCUAACAGUUACAACUACAAGAAUGUGAAUCUGUGGGAUAAGAAUUCCCAAGGGGGCCCAGCACCUCGAGAACCAAACCUGCCUACCCCGAUGACUGCUAAAUCAGCAUCAGUCUGGAGCAAAAGCACACCACCUGCUCCAGAUAAUGGUACUUCAGCUUGGGGUGAGCCAAAUGAAAGCAGUCCUGGGUGGGGUGAAAUGGAUGACACAGGAGCAUCGACCACAGGCUGGGGGACCACACCCUCCAGUGCUCCAAAUGCCAUGAAACCUAAUUCCAAAUCUAUGCAAGACGGCUGGGGGGAGAGUGACGGGCCCGUGACAGGAACCCGCCAUCCCAGCUGGGAAGAGGAGGAGGAUGGAGGAGUCUGGAACACCGCCGGCUCUCAGGGAAGUGCUUCCUCCCACAGUUCGGCAAGCUGGGGCCAAGGAGGAAAGAAACAGAUGAAGUGCUCACUAAAAGGAGGAAACAAUGAUUCAUGGAUGAAUCCCCUUGCCAAACAGUUUUCAAAUAUGGGAUUGCUGAGUCAAACUGAAGAUAAUCCAAGUAGCAAAAUGGAUUUGUCUGUAGGGAGCCUUCCGGAUAAAAAAUUUGAUGUGGACAAGCGAGCAAUGAAUCUCGGGGAUUUUAAUGAUAUCAUGAGGAAGGAUCGAUCUGGGUUCCGUCCACCUAAUUCCAAAGACAUGGGAACCACAGAUAGUGGGCCUUAUUUUGAGAAGCUGACUUUGCCUUUCUCCAAUCAAGAUGGGUGCCUUGGGGAUGAGGCUCCCUGCUCUCCCUUCUCCCCUUCUCCCAGCUACAAGCUGUCUCCCUCUGGUUCCACACUACCCAACGUCAGCCUUGGAGCAAUCGGCACAGGGCUCAACCCCCAAAACUUCGCUGCUAGACAAGGUGGCAAUCAUGGUUUGUUUGGAAAUAGCACAGCACAAUCGAGAGGCGUGCACACCCCCGUGCAGCCACUGAAUUCUUCUCCUAAUCUCCGGGCGCAAGUGCCUCCCCAGUUCAUUUCCCCCCAGGUUUCUGCCUCAAUGCUCAAGCAGUUUCCCAACAGUGGCCUGAAUCCAGGUCUUUUCAAUGUGGGGCCCCAGUUAUCUCCUCAACAAAUUGCCAUGCUGAGCCAGCUUCCACAGAUUCCCCAGUUUCAGUUGGCGUGUCAGCUGCUCCUGCAGCAGCAGCAACAGCAGCAGUUGUUACAGAACCAGAGGAAGCUUUCUCAAGCCGUGCGCCAGCAGCAGGAGCAGCAGCUGGCUCGAAUGGUGAGCGCCCUGCAGCAGCAGCAGCAGCAGCAGAGGCAGCCCAGCAUGAAACAUUCGCCGUCUCAUCCCGUUGGGCCCAAGCCGCAUCUGGACAACAUGGUCCCCAACGCUCUAAAUGUGGGGCUCCCAGACCUUCAAACCAAAGGGCCAAUACCUGGAUAUGGUUCUGGCUUCAGCUCUGGCGGCAUGGACUACGGCAUGGUUGGUGGGAAGGAGGCUGGAACAGAGUCUCGCUUUAAACAGUGGACCUCCAUGAUGGAGGGACUGCCCUCUGUAGCCACACAGGAAGCCAAUAUGCACAAAAAUGGCGCUAUAGUGGCCCCUGGUAAGACCCGAGGAGGGUCACCGUACAACCAGUUUGAUAUCAUCCCGGGUGACACACUGGGUGGCCAUACGGGUCCUGCUGGUGAUAGCUGGUUACCUGCCAAAUCUCCACCAACAAAUAAAAUCGGAAGUAAAUCCAGCAAUGCCAGCUGGCCUCCAGAAUUCCAACCAGGAGUGCCAUGGAAAGGUAUCCAAAACAUUGACCCUGAAUCUGACCCCUAUGUCACCCCAGGAAGUGUGCUGGGGGGUACAGCCACAUCUCCCAUUGUAGAUACUGACCACCAACUUCUGCGGGAUAACACCACAGGGUCUAAUUCUUCCCUCAACACCUCGCUGCCUUCACCUGGUGCCUGGCCCUACAGUGCCUCUGACAACUCCUUCAGCAACGUUCAUAGCACUUCAGCAAAGUUCCCUGAUUACAAAUCGACAUGGUCCCCAGAUCCCAUAGGACACAACCCCACUCAUCUCUCCAACAAGAUGUGGAAAAACCAUAUUUCCUCAAGGAACACUACACCGCUGCCCCGCCCGCCUCCCGGUCUGACCAACCCCAAACCGUCAUCUCCCUGGAGCAGCACAGCACCCCGCUCAGUCAGGGGGUGGGGGACACAGGACUCACGGCUUGCCUCUGCCUCCACCUGGAGUGAUGGUGGUUCAGUUCGUCCUAGUUACUGGCUGGUUCUUCACAAUCUCACUCCACAGAUUGAUGGGUCAACCUUGAGAACCAUCUGCAUGCAGCAUGGCCCACUGCUGACAUUCCAUCUGAACCUAACCCAGGGCACCGCCCUGAUCCGAUACAGCACCAAACAGGAGGCGGCCAAGGCCCAAACUGCACUGCACAUGUGUGUGUUGGGAAACACUACCAUCCUGGCUGAGUUUGCCACUGAUGAUGAAGUUAGCCGCUUUCUGGCACAAGCUCAGCCCCCUACCCCUGCGGCAACCCCGAGUGCACCCGCAGCGGGUUGGCAGUCCCUGGAGACCGGCCAGACCCAGUCAGAUCCCGUCGGACCUGCUCUGAAUCUUUUCGGUGGGUCCACAGGGCUCGGGCAAUGGAGCAGCAGUGCUGGUGGCAGCAGCGGGGCCGAUCUUGCUGGCGCUUCAUUGUGGGGACCCCCAAACUAUUCUUCUAGCUUGUGGGGAGUCCCGACCGUGGAAGACCCCCAUAGGAUGGGCAGCCCUGCUCCUUUACUACCUGGUGACCUUCUGGGAGGAGGGUCGGAUUCAAUCUGAACUUAGAACUUUCAACUCUGACCUCGUGACCUUUUUUGGAACAGCAGCAGCACUAACUUGACCUUUUCGUUUUUUUUUUCAACUUGCAAUAAAUACAUUUUUAAAAGGAAAAAAGAAAACGGAGAGAGAAAAAAAGGUGGGUCAUUGACAGACUGUCUGAGCACAUAGUUGCCUCCCUUAUAACUUCAGUUUUUUCGUUUGGAAUAUGAAUCCAAAAAGAGAACAUAUCACUCUUGAAAUACUUGAAUCAUGAACGCCAACCUAGAAAGACAAUGUGAAGCAAGUACACAUACCAUUUAAAUUUAAACACAAAAAAAUUAAAAAAAUUAGUUUCUAGUUUUUCACUUUUUUCAUGUUAUAUGGAAGUUGUUGCUAAGAAACAUAUAUACUGAAAAAAAAAUAGCUUUUUAACUUUGUUUGCACUGGGUGUGUUUCCGUCCUUAGGUCUACCAUGUUUGGGAGGGAGGGGAAUUCAAAAGAAUUGUUGGGGUGGGGGAGGGAAGACUUGACGGAGCCUCACUUUAAAAACAAAAACACAAAAAACCUAAAAAAAAAAACAAAAAAAAAGAAAAAAAAGAAAAAAAUUGUGAUUGGCUGGUUGGUAAAUACCAGUGUGUUCUGGCACAUGUAACUGCCCAGGCAUGCUCGUUCUGGUAUGUGUGUGCACGUGUGUUCAUGUGCAUUCGCGUGCAUCCUUCUCUCUGUCUCUGUGUGUGUGUGUGUGUGUGUGUGUGUGUGUGUGUGUGUGUGUGUGCGCGCGCGCGCGCGCGCGCUCCUGUGUCCUCCUCCUCUCCCCAUCCUGAUUUCUCAGAAAGCUGCAUUGCUGACAGUCCGCAGGCUGGCUGGCCGGCCAUCUGCUUUUUAUUUUUAUUUUUAUUUUUUUUAACUAUGAGAACACAGGAGCACGAGCACCUCGGGGAGCCACUGCUACUGAAGCCACCCCGUUGGGCUGUAUUGAGAUGAACAGAGUGCUUUUUAAUGAGGAAAGCAGGGAGCUCCUUUACAUUUGCAAAGUAGCCCGAGCGUGAGUUUUCUGUCUCUUUUCUUUUGAGCGAGCAGUAGAGUGGAACACUGCCAAGUCCCCAAAACUAGGAAAGCAGGAGGUACCUCUUGGAGCAACUGUGUGUUUAUUUAUUUCUGUUUUUUUGAAGUAAGUGGCUACUAGUAGGCACAUCUGAAUAUCUGUUAAAUUUCAUGCUGGCCUUUUCAUUAGUCUGAAUGGGAACAGACAGUAAGGUAGCUUUUAAUGAUGUGAUGUCUCAAAAGCAGAAAAACUGUGUUCCCCCUUUGUUGUGUAAUCGGGUAUGAGAAAUUGGUCAGAAAGUCAGGUAAUGCUGAAUUUAAAAUUUCUAUUGUUUCUCUUUAACAUUUUACGAAAACAGAAAAAAAAUAAGUUGUGAGCAGCCUCCUGCAAGCAUCCGCAGCUCCUCCCUCUCUGCCCCCUUCUUGCUGAGCGUUACCUGUGCCAGGCCGUGGCGUGUUACAGCACCAGGCCAUCACUGACAGAAACGUUUACUUAACGAAUGUUCUUAAACCAGUGUGUACUUCAAGCGUUUCCUUUUGUUUCUCUGUGUUGUGUAUUUCCUGUGUAUGUGGUUUUGCUUAGGCAGGUAUAACUUAGCAAAGACUUAAGUAUUGCACCUUUUUUUGGGUUUUGACCUCUUUUUUUUUCCCUUGUAAUGUUGCUUUUUUUAUUUCGGUAUUUAAAGACUUUUUUUUUUUAA